CUCCAGCAAAGGAGGAUCUAGGGUUUUCAACGUCAAAGCAGAUUCUUUCGGACAAUCUACUGCUUCAAAGUUGCCAGAGAGAAUAAACAAUGUUGGGGAUGCAGAUGCCGACAUUUCAAACGGAAAAUCUCUAGCAAAGAGUAAUCUAGUGUUGUCAAAAUUGAUGGGAGAUUCUUCCAUUGAAGUUGCAGCAAAAGAUUUGGAAAAUUUUAAAAAAUCCACAGCUGCAGCAAAAGAUUCAGAAAAUUUUCAAAAAUCCCCAGUUGCAACGUCACUAGAAGUUUCAAAGGGAAAAUCUCUGGCAGAACGGAAUCCAGAGUUCUCAAAACCGUCAAGAGAUUCUUCAGCACAAGUUGCAGCUAAAAUUCUGUUUUUGACAUUAAAUGGAUCUCAUUUUUUAAUUCCGUAACUUUUUAUUCUAAAUAUAGGCCCAAAGGUGAUGGCUGCCUGAGGAUGAAGGUCGAAAGGUCCGCCUCUACCUGUGUCUAUCCUGAGAAGAUAUCUGAUGGGGGCGGAUUCGUCGAUGCUUCUGUUGCUGCUAGGAGUGAAGAGGAUUUCUGCGAUUGGAACCCCCCAGGGCCAAUAGUUAGGAAUGGAGGAAGCAGAGUGAGUAUUGCCGAGAGAAGGGCUGCGAGGUGUGGUUUCAAUGCGCUGAGGAUCAAUACUGCUCGGUAUCGGUCUGUCAACCUGUUGUCUUCGCCAGCUGUUCAUUCGCCGUAUCUCACAAUACGGCCUGCUCUCAGCCCCACGGCAUUGCUGGAUUCUCCGGUCAUUCUUCCAAAUUCACAGCCCAGUCCCUGUUUUCAAUAAGCAAUCUCAUCUGUCCCCUACUUCAAGGAAAUGGCAAGAGAAGUGAGUUUUUCAUCUUCCAAUUAAUUUCCCUUAUGUUAUUUUAUCCUAUCUUGAAUCUAUAAUAGGAUUUUCAACUUUUUUUUUUUUUUUUGUGUGUUUUUAUUAUGUUAUUGUCUCUAAUAUUGAAUUUAUGGCUAGCCCCAGCAGAAUAUAUUCUAUUCAAGCAACUAGAUACUAUUUUAGAAGCAUAUACAAUCAGCCAUAGCUCCAGCAGGGCCAAUUUUAGAAAUAUAUUACCCAUGGUGGGAUAUGUUUGAUACUACACAGAGUUCUAAUGCUAUUGCUUUUGUUAAAUUAAGACUUUUUCCUUCAUCACAAGAGGAUUGAUUAACAUGGUAUGUGGGAGGGUAGGAGGGAACAAUAGAGAGACACUUCUCUCUUACUCUCGAAAUGUAGUAGAGCCUAUAUAAAGGUUUCUAAAACUGCACAUUACAAUAGAAUGACAAUUUUCCGAGUAGAAAUUGACUCAAUUAUGUGUUGCUUUGUUUUCACCUACCACUAGUUGCUAGACUAAUUGGAGAAUUCAAACGGUCCCUUGAGUUUUUUCUACCGUAUGAUUUGGUAUGAGGUAAUUUUAGCUUUCAAGCGGUAUGUGAAGUAUUUUGCUGUUUUGAUAUUGCUACAACAAAUUGUCAUCAAAGCAAGUUCUGAUUUCUUGGGCAUUUUUCAUUUUUCAGAUAAUCAAUUUUUCUUCCCCAGAUCUUCAAUCAUCCUAUGGGUUGAGACUUUUAUUUUCCAUAUGAAUGAAUGGGAGACUUAUGUUGUC